CCUCAAUAUUGAUGUUAUUGAUUCUGUUGCAGUGAAGUAUCUAAAGUAAAGAAGAAAGCAGAAUGUCCUCAGUGUCGUCUGAAUACACCAUUGGUGGGGUGAAGAUUAACUUUCCUUGUAAAGCUUAUCCAGCACAGCUUGCUAUGAUGAACUCUAUUGUCAGAGGACUAAACAGUAGUCAGCAUUGCUUGUUGGAGAGUCCCACAGGAAGUGGAAAAAGUUUAGCAUUACUUUGUUCUGCAAUAGCAUGGCAACAAUCUUUUACUGGAAAGCCAGUGGAUGAGGGUUUGAAUAAAAAACCUGAGGUGCCAUCAUCAUGCUGUUGUGCAUGCCAUUCAAAGAAUUUUACAUUCCGUGACAUGAACAUGGGCACUUCACCUCAUUUCAGUAGUCCAAGCAAACCGUCUGAAAGAAAUGGCACUUCAUCACCCUGUCAAGACUCUCCUGAAAAAAAUACUCUAGCUGCAAAGUUAUCUGCCAAGAAACAGGCAUCUCUACCCAGAGAUGAAGAUGAUGAUUUUCAAAUGGAGAAGAAAAGAAUCCGACCCUUAGAAACUGCACAGCAGAUGAGAAAACGUCAUUGUUUGGAAAAGGAUGUCCACCAUUUGGAUGCACAAGUAGCUUCAGAAAAGAAAGCAAAACCCGAGUCUCCUGUAGGAAAGACCGGCUCCUCUUUCCAAAAUCUCGAUGGCCUCUGUUCUAGAUGCUGCUGUUCUACUAAACAAGGAAACAGUGAAGAGUCUGCAAAUACUGUUAAGAAGGAUCAUGGGGGACAAUUCAAGAGACCCAAAAUUUAUUUUGGGACACGCACGCACAAGCAGAUUGCUCAGAUUACUAGAGAGCUCCAAAAGACAGCUUACUCAGGGGUCCCAAUGACUAUUCUUUCCAGCAGGGAUCACACCUGUGUUCAUCCUGAAGUAAUGGGCAACUUCAACAGGAAUGAAAAGUGCAUGGAAUUGCUGGAUGUGAAACAGGGUAAAUCCUGCUAUUUUUAUCAUGGUGUCCAUAGAAUUAGUAAUCAGCAGACAUUGCAGUCCUUUCGGGAGAUGUCCAAAGCCUGGGACAUAGAAGAGCUUGUCAGCCUCGGGAGGAAACUGAAAGCAUGUCCCUACUACACAGCUCGGGAACUGAUAGAUGAGGCUGACAUAAUAUUUUGUCCCUACAACUACCUGUUGGAUGCACAAAUAAGGGAGAGUAUGGAUAUAAAGCUGAAAGAGCAAGUUGUCAUUUUAGAUGAAGCUCAUAACAUUGAAGAGUGUGCUCGGGAAUCAGCAAGCUACAGUGUAACAGAAGUUCAACUUAGGUUUGCUCGGGAUGAGCUGGACAGUUUGGUCAACAGUAAUGUGAGGAAGAAAAACCAUGAGCCCCUACGAGAUAUGUGCUAUAACCUCAUUAAUUGGUUAGACACAAAUUCUCAACAUCUUGUAGAAAGGGAUUAUGAAUCGUCUUGUAAAAUAUGGAGUGGAAAUGAAAUGCUCUUAAGUUUGCACAGAAUGGGCAUCACCAGUGCUACUUUUCCUGUUUUGCAGAGACAUUUUUCAGCUGUUCUUCAAAAAGAGGAAAAAGCCUAUGGCAAAGAGGAAGCAAUACAAGUACCUAUUAUUAGUGCUUCAACUCAAAUAAUGCUCAAAGGACUCUUUAUGGUGUUAGACUAUCUCUUCAGAGAAAAUAGCAGAUUUGCAGAUGAUUAUAAAAUUGCCAUUCAACAAACUUACUCGUGGACAAAUCAGAUUGCUAUUCUUGAUAAAAAUGGGGUCUUGGCCCUACCAAAAAAUAAGAAGCAUUCACGACAGAAAAUUGGAGUUAAUUCGCUAAACUUUUGGUGCUUAAAUCCAGCUGUGGCCUUUUCAGAUAUUAAUGACAAAGUACGAACCAUUGUUCUAACAUCAGGGACACUGUCACCUCUGAAAUCCUUUUCAUCUGAGCUUGGAGUUACAUUUAACAUCCAACUAGAGGCUAACCAUGUCAUCAGUAACUCACAGGUUUGGGUUGGUACUGUUGGCUCAGGCCCUCAAGGUCGGAAUCUCUGUGCUACCUUCCAGCAUACCGAAACAUUUGAGUUCCAGGAUGAAGUGGGAAUGCUUUUGUUAUCUGUGUGCCAGACUGUGAGCCAAGGAAUUUUGUGUUUUUUGCCAUCUUACAAGCUGCUAGACAAAUUAAGAGAACGUUGGGUUUCCACUGGCUUAUGGCACAGUUUGGAGUUGGUGAAGACAGUCAUUGCAGAACCCCAAAGAGGAGAAAAAACUGAUUUUGAUGAAUUGCUGCAAGUGUACUACGAUGCCAUCAAGUUCAAAGGAGAAAAAGAUGGAGCCCUUCUCAUUGCGGUUUGCCGUGGCAAAGUGAGCGAGGGUCUGGAUUUCUCAGAUGAUAAUGCCCGUGCUGUCGUAACAGUAGGAAUUCCUUUUCCAAAUGUGAAAGAUCUUCAGGUUGAACUAAAACGACAAUACAAUGACCACCACUCAAAAUUGAGAGGCCUUUUGCCUGGCCGUCAAUGGUAUGAAAUUCAAGCAUACAGAGCCUUAAAUCAGGCUCUAGGCAGGUGUAUUCGACACAAAAAUGAUUGGGGAGCUCUUAUUCUGGUGGACGAUCGUUUCAACAGCAACCCAAACCGCUAUAUAUCAGGACUUUCUAAAUGGGUGAGGCAGCAGAUUCAGCACCACUCAACCUUUGCAAGUGCCCUGGAGUCCCUGACUGAGUUUUCUAAAAGACACCAGAAAGUUACUAAUAGAUCCAAAAAGGACAAGGAGUCUACUCUGGAAAUGGCCUGUUUGGAGGAUAGCACUCUUACAGAUGUGUCAAAAGCAAGUCAUCUACCACCAGGAAACUCUAAGGAAGACGACGCAAAACUGUGUGUUCAGCAGCUGCAGUGUCCCCAAGUGGCUGCAAAAAACCCGUCGGUACGGAGUCACAGCAUCUCCAAAAGAAAAAAAAGUGAUCCAGUACUAAGAGAAGAGUCUGUUCAAACAAUGAAAACAGAGAAAAAUGUCAUUUCCAGAUCCUCAAGCCCAACUUUUGGGAAGCAAACAGAGCCAGUCAACUGGCCUAUCUUCAAGUCCCUGAGACAGCACUUCACUAGGAAAGAAAAGAAUCAGACACCUGUGCUUGGGUCGUCAGAGAACAACUCCUCUGGCUCUUCUGCCUUCAAAACAGAAAAAACAGAAGCUAACGCUCCUUCGUCACUCACAGGUAAAUGUGUGUCCUCAAAUGAAACAGCAAAUGCACCAUUCACACCUUGCCCUCAGUCAAAAAUCUCAAAUUCUUCGACGAAGGUUGACGUUACUCCUGCUAAGAACCAUUCCAAACAGUUGUUCUGCUCUGAGAAAGACCUGCACCCGGGUAGUGAGUUGUCUCCAGUAAGUGAGGAGGCCAGGCGUUCCAGUUCAAAUGCAGCUAUUGACACAGAAGCAGACGACUCCCCAUGUCUCACACCUGAACUCUUUGAUCCUGUUGAUACUGAUGAAGAAAACAACGAACCAGCUGAAACCAAUAGAUCCAGUAAUAAUUCAGACUGUUUCUCAUCUGAAGACCUCUUUGAAAAUGUACUAGAUUCGGCAGAAAUGAAAGUUGAAGGUUUCACAGACACAAAGUUGAACAGAGUCAUGCCGGUGGAAGAGAACAAAGCUGACGACUUGUAUAAGCGAAUUAGAGCUGUGGAAACUCAUGCAUAG